AUGACGACCUCGACCACAGGUAAAGUGCCCACGGGCUACGCCGAAGAAAUAGUACUCAGCGAGUCCACCUUCAGGUCCGCCCACCGCGCCAUCGAGUCCGCCUCCGAGCCACCCAGCAAGAAGCGGAAAAGAGAGGAGCGCGGCGAUGCCAGCAUACUGUACGGCAAGGGUGCUUAUAAAGGGCCAUGGGCGCGAUAUGAAGAGGAGCAACCAGAGGCGAGCUCAGGCUCGGAAGAGGAGGUGGAGUACGAAGAGGACGAAAUAGCGCCGCAACCGCUACCAGCGCCAACGAAGGCGGGCACAGAUUACGCGGAAACAGGAGAUGGGAAGGAGACCACCCAGUUCCACGGAUCACAGCAGUACGACUAUCAAGGGCGGACCUACAUGCACGUACCGCAAGACCUAGGCAUCUCACUAAAAGGCGACAUCGAUGUAAAGAACUACUACUCGAAGAAGCUGAUCCACACCUGGAAAGCGCACAGCAAAGCCAUCAACCAGCUGCGCUUCUUCCCCGACUCCGGCCACCUGCUCCUCUCCGCCUCCGCAGACUCCAAAGUCUCCCUCUUCGACGUCUACCACCAGCGCGAGCUGCUGCGCACCUACUCCGGGCACACGAAGAGUGUAAACGACAUAUCCUUCAACUAUGACGGCCGCUCCUUCCUCACCGCCUCCUACGACAAAUCCAUGAAGCUCUGGGACACCGAGACCGGAGCCUGCAUCUCACGCUUCAGCACCAAAGCCACGCCCCACGUAAUCCGCUUCAACCCCUCCGAAUCCCACAACCACGAGUUCCUCGCCGGCCUCUCCGACAAGCGCAUCGUGCAGUUCGAUACGCGCUCCGGCGAGCUGGUCCAAGAAUACGACCACCACCUAGGCCCGGUGAACACGAUAACCUUCUGCGACGAGAACCGGCGGUUCAUCACCACGAGCGACGACAAGUCCCUGCGGGCCUGGGAAUACAACAUCCCCGUGCCCAUCAAAUUCAUCGCCGAGCCGCACAUGUACCCCAUGGUGCGCGCGGCCCCGCAUCCCUCGGGGAAAUACGUCGCCUUCCAAAGCUCCGACAACCAGAUCGUCGUCUACCAAUCGACGGACCGCUUCCGACAGAAUCGGAAGAAGGGCUUCAGGGGCCACAAUAAUGCGGGCUAUGCGAUUGAUGUGAGUAUUAGCCCUGAUGGCGGACUGAUCGCGAGUGGGGACACGGGCGGGUUCCUGUGCUUCUGGGACUGGAAGAGCUGUAAGAUGGUGCAUAAGAUCUCGACGGGGGAGGCGCCGGUCUUGGCCGCGCAGUGGCAUCCCAGGGAGACGAGUAAGGUCGCGACGGGGGAUUUGAAUGGAGUGGUUAAGUACUGGGAUUAA